CCCAAAAUGUCAAACAAAUAACAAAGUUUGGGUUGGGUGAACGUGAACAGUGUAAUUUUAUUUUAAAAAACUUAGUUUUUGUUGUAUAUGUAAAGUCCUGUAAAAUGGUUUCAGUAGAAAUAAAUAACUUCAUUCAGUGAAUGUCGGUUUCUUAUCGAAAACAAAAUUCCUGAGACUGUACAGGAUGUUUCGACAGUUUCAUUGAGGUGUAUUUUCUCUUGUGCCCUAAAUGGAUAACACUUUAUUUGCUUGAUUGAAAAUAAACAUAGUUAUCAAAGCCGCAUCAUGAGGGCUAUAUGGGUGCUUCUCUGGAAGAAUGCUAUUAUUAGGAAGAGAAGGUACAUAUUCACGAUAAUGGAGCCCAUAGUGACAUUGGGUUUCUUCAUUUUAUUGUUUGUGUUCCGGAAACCCUUGACGGCAAAAUUACCACCGAAUAUGAUAGAAAAACUGGGCGUGAGACAAACUGAGCCAGUGGAUCUGAUGUUGGCAACCCCAAUGCCUCAGACCAUCUUCUUCUACCCGGACAAUGUACUCACCAGGGAAGUCAUGGAGCUGGCCUGCUACUCUCUUUAUAUGAAUGUCACUGAUUCUGCGCCAGAUCACGGGAAAAGGCGAGCGUGCUACCCGGUGCCAUCUGAGGAUUCUCUGGAUGAUCGCAUCAAGAAUCUCCGGCUGGAUGAAGCUGUUGUUAUAUUUGAGGAUGAGUUCCUGAGUCCCAACUCCAGCGCUGGCCGGCUUCCCGACAGGCUCUCCUACACCUUGCGCAUGAACGAGAACUUCAUGACGCACGUGUACGAGGCACUGGACGAGAGCAACGGACCGCAUGAGAACUUUGGUAUAAUCUACGAGCCGUUCAUGCGUGUGCAGUGGGCCAUAGACUCCAGCUACAUCAGUCUACGUCGGGGGUCCCCAUUGCGACAGAGAGUCCAAGUGCAAGAGUUCCCGCACAACGAGGUAAUACAAGCUGAGAUGGCGAUGACCGUCGUACGCUACGUGCUAGUUCAGUUCCUGGCCGCGGCGUGCCUGGCGCUAGUGUUCAUGGGCGUGGUGGUGCGGCUCAGCGAGGAGCGAGCCAGCGGCGUGCAGGAACUAAUCAAAAUGGCCGGCGUAAAGGGAUCAACGAUAGCUCUAUCCUACAUAAUAGACGCGACACCCAUGGCGAUAAUAUUCUCCGUCAUAGCGACUGUACUGCUGACGGUGACGGAAAACUCGCUAGUCCAGACCACGCACUGGUCGAUAGUGUUUGUGUUUCUACUGCUACUGUAUUACAAUAUCGUAGCGAUGGCUUUUCUGGCGUCGUACCUUAUUAAGAGCCAAUCCCACCUGGUCUCCAUAUCAUUAGUAGUGUACUACUGCUUACUCCUCGUGGCGUACCUCACCACGACGGCGGACGAGCGGCCGCGCGUGUUGAUCGCGCUACCGCACAUGCCCAACACGCGGUUCUGGCCGAGACUACGGACGGCGGAGCUCACUGAUACCCCAGCGACACUGUCAACAGUGUACGACCUGUACCUAGCGCUCAUAGUGCAGGGCGCGGUGUACGCUCUACUGGCCUGGUACGCGAGCAAGGUGCUGCCGGGGCAGUAUGGAGUGCCGCUGCCUUGGAACUUUCUGUUUAGAAAAGACUACUGGCGUGCACCAGUGACGCCCGCGCCCGUGUCGGAGGCGGAUUCUGAGGAGGAUCGCGUGGCGGCGCCGGACCCGAGCUACUUCGAGCCGCCCGCCGACCGCCCCGUGGGCAUCAAGCUGAAUAAUGUCACCAAGGUACUAUACUGGUGUGCGCCGGUGACGCCCGCGCCCGUGUCGGAGGCGGAUUCUGAGGAGGACCGCGUGGCGGCGCCGGACCCGAGCUACUUCGAGCCGCCCGCCGACCGCCCCGUGGGCAUCAAGCUCAAUAACGUCACUAAGGAAUACGGGUCGUGGUACGGGCGCAAGUUCCGCGCGCUCUCCAACGUCACUCUCGACAUAUACAAGGGCGAGAUCACGGUGCUGCUCGGGCAUAAUGGCGCCGGGAAGACGACUCUCAACUCCAUCAUCACUGGCAUGCAAGACGCGACAUCCGGUUCCGUCUACGUACACGGCCACCACUCGGUGAGGGAGCGCGCGGCGCUGCACUCGUUGAUCGGGCUGUGUCCGCAACAGAACAUGUUCCUAGCUGAUCUUACUGUGCUAGAGCAUGUCAUGUUCUUUACUAUGUUGAAAGGCGGUUCGCUGCGCGCGUCACGCGUGUCAUCUAUGCAGCUGCUUCGGGAGAUGCACCUCGAUGGCAAGGCGGCGAGUCGCGUGACGUCGCUGUCCGGCGGCAUGAUGCGGCGCCUGCAGCUCACUAUCGCUCUAGCAGGUGGCGCUGAAGUGCUGAUUUUGGACGAGCCGACUUCAGGCCUCGAUGUGGAAACUCGCAGGGACCUGUGGAAUAAGCUUUUGACGCUCCGAGGCGACAGGACAGUAGUCCUCACCACUCACUUUAUGGAGGAGGCAGACGCGUUGGGCGACCGCGUGGCUUUACUACACGGGGGAAGGGUCAAGUGCCACGCCACGCCCAUGUUCCUGAAGAAGGCUAUCGGAUCCGGCUACCGCCUAACCAUCGCAACCACACCCACCGCCUCAGAGCCCACCAUCACCGCCGCCAUACAGUCGCUGGUGGGCGCGGCGCGGCUCAACAAGCGGGAGGGCAGCUCGCUCACAUACAACCUGCCCGCCGCCGGCAGCGCGCGCUUCCCGCUGCUGUUCAACCACCUGGAGCAGGGGAAGGGGGCGCUAGGUAUUGACUACAUGGGAGUCGGUGUUACUACACUUGAAGAAGUUUUCUUGCGACUUGGUCGAGACUCUGAUGAUGAGAUUGAUACUGUUGGAAGUGAAGUGCCCCCGCAGUUCGACAAGAAGUCUGGCUGGCCGCUGGUGCGCAGCCAGGUGGCAGCACUAGUCGUGAGACAGGCGCGGUUCACGUACUCGAAGAAAAUCGUCUUCCUCGUCUUUGAGACCAUAAUCCCUCUCCUCCUCAUAUACGGGCUGACCUACCUAACCAACACUUCCAACACCAAUCCCAAACCGGCUAUGGGUCGCGUCGGUGGCAAUAGGACCGCCAUGGACUUAGGCCUCUACCGGCGGAUGGGAGAUAGCUCUGUGUUGUACAGAGUUAAUGUUUCGGAGCCGAGGAAUGUUGCGGGGGUCACUAGGCGGUUUGAUAAUGCGAGGGUGGAUGUUAUGAGGGGUAGUGAAGACAUAUCAAAGCUAGCCGCGCAAAACCAUCUCCUCUCAAUCAUCGAUCUAAACGACACGGACGCCAAGGUCCACUUCACAACGAUCGUGCGCCACGCCGCCCCUACCGGCCUGAACUUACUCUCCAACAUGUUAGCCUCUAUCUACCUGGACGACGCGGCGCCUGAUGCUAUCACUACGUACAAUGAUCCAGUCAUCAGUGGAGUGACAAGGAGAGAGGCGGCGAGGAUGGUGAAAGGGAAAGAGAAGGAGAUGAUGAUGAGUUGGAUGUGUUUUGUUUGUUUAUGCCUCCACCUAGCAGUCCUUAGCAACGUGGUCCUGGCCAUCCGUGAGCGCGCGACCGGCUCCCGCGCCUCCUACAUCAUGUGUCGAGUCACACCGACUAUCUACUGGCUCAGCUCACUGGCCUAUCAGCUGCUACUGGCCACGGUGGUGGUGAUGUUGCCGACGUUGGCCAUAGUGGCUCUUGCUGAGACGGACAAGAGUGUGGACUAUGUCUUCAUAUUGUCGAUAUUCGCGAGCGCGUGGCUGGGCACGCUGUCGCUCCUGGCCUUCAUGUACGCGCUCAGCUUCUCGAUGGGCCCCGUGAAGACGCAGCUCAUUGUGCUGGUGCUUGUUGGGCUGUUCGGUAUCUACGCUGCGGGUGAAGUGAUGCGCACUCUGUGGGACGCCAACCUCACUCUGUCUAUAGUGAAAAAAAUAAUAGUCAACCUCGGCAAGAUCAUACCCGCACAUCACUAUAUGACUUCUUUGAUGAAGUCGGGCGAACUGGCUCGUCUGAACUCGCUGUGUCGCAACAACCGGGGCCUGUGCCCCGCCAUCCCCGUGUCGCCGAUGGAAGAGAACUUCGACUUGAAGACUUGCUGCAACACAGGCUCCGUGAUAUCGACGUUCAGCGGCCACAAGCUGUCGCCCCUAGGAGACUGGUUCAUAAUGAUCAUACUCUUCAUGAUCUACAUGGGUCUAACAAUCCUCACGCAAUACGGCUACCUGUCCGGCGGCUGGGACUAUUUCUUCAACACUCUGCUCAAGAAGUACAAGCCGCGAGAGUCGCCCUACGACAACGCACAUGUCAAGAACGAGGCGGCCUAUGUAGCCAAGACUGUUGGGAAACCACAAUCGGGGAUACAAGAGUCUCUAUUGGUCCACGAUUUACACAAGAACUACUUCAAACUGUGCAGCAAGAGCGUCAACGCCGUACGAGGCAUCAACCUCACCGUCAAGAAAGGCGAAUGCUUCGGCCUACUAGGCGUGAACGGCGCGGGCAAGUCCACCACGUUCAAGCUGCUCACCAUGGAGGGCACGCCGACGCGAGGACGCAUGUUCGCCAACGGACACUUCCUGAACGGGAAGCAGAGCCAUGAUUACCUAUGGUCGGUGUCCUACUGCCCCCAACUCCUCGGGCUGGACGAGUUCCUGACGGGGCGCCAGACGCUGCGGCUGCUGCUGACGCUGGCGGGGCUGCGCGCGCGCGACGUCCGCGCAGAGACGGACGCCUGGCUCGAGGUCGUCGGUGAGUGGUGACCCCGACGUGAGUUCCUGACGGGGCGGCAGACGCUGCGGCUGCUGCUGACGCUGGCGGGGCUGCGCGCGCGCGACGUCCGCGCAGAGACGGACGCCUGGCUCGAGGUCGUCGGUCUAACAAAAUACGCGGACAGCCCAGUCUCAACCUACAGCGGGGGCUGCGUGCGGCGACUAGGAACAGCGGGGGCGCUGUGCCGGCGCGCCCCACUCGCGUUGUUGGACGAGCCCACGGCCGGCGUGGACCCCGCGUCGAGGCGCCGUGUGUGGCGCGCGUUAAGGGCCAACAGUAGCGGGAAUAGCAGUGUGUUGAUAUCUUCGCAUAGUAUGGACGAGAUGGAAGCCCUCUGCCACCGCAUCGCGAUCCUGAACCAGGGCUGGGUGUGUGCCCUGGGGGACCUGGGCACCCUGCGCCGCGACCACGCCGCCGGGCACUCGCUGCAGAUCAAGCUGAAGCGAGAAACAACCGAUGUCCAGAUGCAGAAGUUAAAAGAAGAUAUAAAGCAAAAAUUCAAAUGCACCCUCAAAGAUGAACAUAAGUCAAUGCUGUAUUACAACAUCGAUGAAAACCUGCCAUACAGCGACAUGUUCACUCGCAUAGAGGAACUGAAGGCGGGUCACUCUAUCAUCGAAGACUACACCGUUCACGAGAUGACUCUAGAAGAGGUCUUCCUGAACCUGGCCCACGGUAAUGAAGCCAAGAAACAACAGGUCUGAGGAAGGAAUAAUUGGGUUGGGCCGUAUACAGAAAGAUUGCUUUAACUGGUAGAAAAGAUUAUAUUUUGUUUCGUUGGUUUUGGACCUUACUUAGUGACGUAAUUUGUUAAUGAUCAUAAAAAAUAUACUGAUCGUCUAUUGCACCUAUCGUAUUGGUUGGUGUAUUUUUUGCCUAAACCCAUGAAGUUUAGUUCUCUUUCUUCUCUUGGUACAGCUGUAAGUUAAGCAUUAGUACUGUCUGUAUACGGCCUAAGUCACUAAAUGUACGGUAUGGUAAAUCAGACACAUUUCAAAGGAAACUUGAAACUUUGAUGGCACUUUUAGUUUAGCCAGUCAAAGUAUGUUUUAUUCUUAAGGCUCUGAAUCCACCACUUAAUUCCAUUGUAUGGUAGAAGGUAGAAUGGAUUAUGGUUAUUAUACAUUCUUAUAAUUUUUUCACCGUCAAUGAAAUUGUGAGACUGUGAUGAUGGUUGAAGGGGAUGCUCAACAGAUGGCAGAUUCCCCU